AUGGAUGUCCCAUUUAAAGGUGAGGAAUCUGAUUCUGAGGAAGCAACCAUUGUGACCAGUUUCACGGCCUGGACAUAUGGCCUCAGAGCCCGCCCCCCCCACAGCCAGCGUCUCAGUAACCCAGACUGUUUGGAACCUGAGGCUGAGACCAUCCUGGAGGGUCUUGAGGCUGGUUUAGGCCAGGCUGUGAGUAGUGGGGUCAGCCUAGUCCUGGCUCCUGGGUUAGUGCUCACCUGCCCCUCUGCCCACUCAGGGCCUGGGGGAAUGGCCUCAGAGCCCCCGCCAACCAGGCUCAGGAAGGCAUUCCUAGCUCAGAGUACCCUCCUGGAGUCUCCACUGGAAGGCGCUCCUGAGUGGGCCGCGCCACACCCCGAGGAGCAGAGGCGCAGUUCUUCCGCGUGCUCCCAGCACACUCCACCCCUGCCCAGCAUACCCAUGGCGCCCCCACCUUGCCCACCUGGGGAGAACCACCCACUCUGCCCCCGCUCAGGGAGAGGUGGUGGCCACUGCUCUAUCCCCCCCUCCCUUCCCUCCUCUUCUACCUUCUUUCUCUUCUCAUCUGGGUGCUGGAACCCAAGCGUGAAAGUGAGAGUCGGAAAGUCUCAGUCUCAAGGCAGAGCGGGGCAGCUAAUUUAA